CAUAAAUAAAUAAAUAUGAAGUCCUCAUUAAAUUAAGAAGUUCGUUAAAACUGUAAAGAGUGUAUAUAAAUGACUAAAGGACUGUCUAUAAUGUUGUGCAGUAAACUCCAGGGAAAGAGAUCAGAAUCACCAGCACCCAGCUGUAUCUCCAUGAAGAGUGGUAGGUCUAUGGAUCCUCCUCUGGCGUUUAAAGAUGGAGACUCCUCACUUCUACACAGUAAACUCCAGGGAGAGAGAUCAGAAUCACCAGCACCCAGCUGUAUCUCCAUGAGGUCUAUGGAUAUUCCUGUGCAGUUUAAAGAUGAAGACUCCUCACUUCUACACAGUGUUCCACAGAGAGCAGGAGACAGAAUAGAAAAGAUCAGCAUCACAGAUACAGGGCACGACCCAGAACCUGCUACUGGGAAUGAAUUCCAAAAAAAGUUCAAAUUAAACCUGAUGAAGAAGUUUGAGUGUUUGAAUAAAGUGAUAGUAAACCUGGGAAACCAAACAAUCCUGAAUGAGAUCUACACAGAGCUCUACAUCACAGAGGGAGACAGUGGAGAAGUCAAUAAAGAACAUGAGGUGAGACAGAUCGAGGCAGCAUCCAGGAGAACAAUAACAGAGGAAACACCAAUCAAAUGCAACGACAUCUUUAAGCCCUUAUCUGAACAAGACGAACCCAUCAGAACUGUGCUGACAAAGGGAGUCGCUGGCAUCGGAAAAACAGUCUCUGUGCAGAAGUUCAUUCUGGACUGGGCUGAAGGGAAAGCAAAUCAGGACAUCCACCUCAUAUUUCCACUUCCUUUCAGAGAGCUGAAUCUGAUGAAGGACCAGAAACUGAGUCUAAUGGAGCUCCUUCAUGUCUGCUUUAAUGAAACAAAAGAAACAGAGAUGUCCAGUUUGGAAAAGGUUCUGUUCAUUUUUGACGGAUUGGACGAGUGUCGUUUUCCUCUAGAUUUCCAGAACACAGUGAAAGUGUGUGAUGUAACUGAAUCAGCAUCAGUGCAUGUGCUGCUGAUAAACCUGAUCAAAGGGAAUCUGCUUCCCUCUGCUCUCAUCUGGAUCACCUCUCGACCAGCAGCAGCUGAUCAAAUCCCCUCUGAGUGUGUCCAUCGAGUCACAGAGGUACGAGGGUUCAAUGACCCACAGAAGGAGGAGUACUUCAGGAAGAGGAUCAGUGAUCAGAGCCUGGCCAAUAACAUCAUCACACACCUGAAGUCAUUAAGAAGUCUCUAUAUCAUGUGCCACAUCCCAGUCUUCUGCUGGAUUUCAGCCACUGUUCUAGAGAGAAUGUUGGGUGAAGCAGAGAGUGGAGAGAUCCCCAAGACUCUGACUCAAAUGUACACACACUUCCUCAUCAUUCAGACAAACAUCAUAGGAGAAAAGUACUCAAAGAAGCAGAAGAGUGAUGAAGAAAUGCUUCUUAAACUGGGACAACUGGCUUUUCAGCAGCUGAAGAAAGGCAAGCUGAUCUUCUAUGAGGAAGACCUGAGAGAGUGUGGCAUUGAUGUGAGAGAAGCAGCAGUGUACUCAGGUGUGUGUACGCAGAUCUUCAGAGAGGAGUUUGGGCUUCACCAGAGUAAAGUGUACUGCUUUGUUCAUCUGAGCAUUCAGGAGCACCUCGCAGCUCUGUAUGUGCACCUGACAUUCAUGAUGGAAAAGAGAAAUGUUCUUGAUCAUAAUCAGGUCUCUAAAUGGUGGAUCUCAAAUGUACACAGGAGUGCUGUAGAUCAGACUUUAGAAAGUCAGACUGGACAUCUGGAUCUUUUCCUUCGCUUUCUUCUGGGUCUCUCACUGAAGUCCAAUCAGAAACUCUUAACUGCCUUAGUAACACAGACAGGAAGUAGCUCCCAGAGCAUAGAGAAAACAGUUCAGUACAUUAAGGAGAAGAUCAGUGAAGAUCUUCCUCCAGAGAAAUCCAUCAAUCUGUUCCACUGUCUGAAUGAACUGGGUGAUAAUUCUCUAGUGGAGGAAAUCCAACACUACCUGAAAUCUGAAAAACAAAGUGAACUCUCUUCUUCACAGUGGUCUGCUCUGGUGUUUGUGUUACUGACAUCAGCACAGGAGCUGGAAGAAUUUGACCUGAAUAAAUAUAUCAGUACAGAUAAGAUAAAAGAAACUGUUCUUCUGAAGAUGAUGCCUGUGAUUGCAGCAUCCAGAAAAGCAAUUAUCGGAUGUGAUUCACUUGCAGUGAGAAGUUGGUCAGCUCUGGUCUCAGCACUCAGCUCAGAACGCGCCAAUCUGAGAGAACUGCAUCUGACUGUGAAAACACUGGAUCUGUCCUGGAAUGAACUAGGAGACUCAGGAGUGAAGAGUCUCUGUGCUGGACUGGAGAAUCCUCACUGUAAAGUGGAGACACUGAGGUUGUAUGAUUGUGGUGUCUCAGACCAUGGCUGUACUGCUCUGACUUCAGCUCUGAGAUCAAACCCUUCACAUCUGAGAGGACUGGAUCUGUCUAAGAAUAAAUUAGGAGACUCAGGAGUGAAGAGUCUCUCUGCUGUACUGGAGAAUCCUCAAUGUAAACUGGAGACACUGAGGUUGUAUAAUUGUGGUGUCUCAGAUGAAGGCUGUGCUGCUCUGACUUCAGCUCUGAGAUCAAACCCCUCACACCUGAGAGAACUGAAUCUGUCCUCUAAUAAUGUAGGAGACUCAGGAGUGAAGAGUCUCUCUGCUGUACUGGAGAAUCCUCUCUGUAAACUGGAGACACUGAGGUUGUGUGGUUGUGGUGUCUCAGAUGAAGGCUGUGGCUCAAACCCCUCACACCUGAGAGAACUGGAUCUGUCCUAUAAUAAUGUAGGAGACUCAGGAGUGAAGAGUCUCUCUGCUGUACUGGAGAAUCCUCACUGUAAACUGGAGAUACUAUGGUUGCGUGGUUGUGGUGUCUCAGAUGAAGGCUGUGCUGCUCUGACUUCAGCUCUGAGAUCAAACCCCUCACACCUGAGAGAACUGCAUCUGUCUGGUAAUAAAAUAGGAGAUUCAGGAGUGAACCUGCUCUCUGCUCUUAAGAAUGAUAAACAUUACAAACUACAGACACUGUGGGUGGAUUGAACAUCUGUGUGUGUGAUGAAGACUCCGGUGUUCCUGCAUUUCACUGAUGGGGAAUAGAGAACACAUUUUUAAACACAUCACUCAUUUAAUUAUAACACAUUAAACAGACUCCGAGACGUGAGAAGUGUGUGUUCAUCAUGCACAGUGAAUCAGACUGCACACGAUUCUACACUGAGUGUAGAACGACCUCUGACCCCUG